GUACUGUUGGUCUUCCGGUCCAGGCCGCGCGCACGCACAUUCACAACGAGAAGUUGCGCAGCAGCCAGGCAAGUGGACGCCGGGCUUCACAGACAACAUCCACUGGUCUCAGCGGCGGCAGAAGCAGCAGCGAUGCUGAUUGACAGAUGAUCUGACAUCGGAAGAAAACAUCAGACGCUGUCCCUGUCCGUCCGCGCCGACUAUGGGUUGUGCUUGUUGCAAGCAGAAGAAGUCGGCCAAACUGGAAGCGGCCGCCUUAACUGGCACCUCCGGUGGCGCCAAUGCUUCGGUCCAGUCUCCUAGCAACGGCGACGGCAUCUCAUCGGCGGGCCCAGUGCAGGGGCGUUACUGUCCAGACCCCACGCAGGUCAUACCGGACUUCAACAAGGGAUUCUCCAGCGGCACCAUCUUCCCCAACUCCAACACGCAGCACUGGUCCACCGGAGUCACAAGCGGCGGUGUCACGCUCUUCAUCGCGCUCUACGACUACGACGCUCGCACCGAGGAUGACCUCACCUUCCAGAAGGGGGAGAAGUUUCAGAUCAUCAACAACACAGAGGGCGACUGGUGGGAGGCUCGUUCUUUGGACACGGGCAACGCCGGCUACAUCCCGUCCAACUACGUAGCUCCGGUCGACUCCAUACAGGCCGAGGAGUGGUAUUUCGGAAAGAUGGGGAGGAAGGAUGCGGAGAGACAACUGCUGGGACACGGCAACCAGAGGGGGACUUUUCUCAUCCGCGAGAGCGAGACCACCAAAGGCGCUUACUCGCUGUCCAUCCGCGACUGGGAUGACAACAAGGGGGACCAUGUGAAGCACUAUAAGAUCCGCAAGCUGGACAAUGGCGGCUACUACAUCACCACCAGGUCUCAGUUUGACACCGUGCAGGAGCUAGUGGCGCACUACACAGAGCGAGCGGCGGGGCUGUGCUGCCGCCUGAUCGGCAGCUGCAAGCGCGGCAUGCCCAAGCUGGCCGACUUAUCGGUGAAGACCAAGGACAUGUGGGAGAUUCCCCGCGAAUCUCUGCAGCUGAUUAAAAAGCUGGGCAACGGACAAUUUGGAGAAGUGUGGAUGGGCAUGUGGAAUGGCACCACCAAGGUUGCGGUGAAGACACUGAAGCCCGGCACCAUGUCCCCCGAGGCCUUCCUGGAGGAGGCUCAGAUCAUGAAGAGGCUGCGCCACGACAAGCUGGUGCAGCUCUACGCCGUGGUGUCCGAGGAGCCCAUCUACAUCAUCACUGAGUUCAUGAGCCAAGGUACACGCUGGAAAAGAGCAGUUGUGUUUCCAGCAGUUCCCCAAGUUAAGAGUCACCGCUUGGUGUGUCACGCUCUCCUUUCAGGAAGCUUGCUGGACUUCUUAAAAGACGGCGAGGGGCAAAACCUGAAGCUACCCCAGCUCGUUGACAUGGCGGCGCAGAUCGCGGCAGGGAUGGCCUACAUCGAGAGGAUGAACUACAUCCACAGAGACCUGCGCGCCGCUAACAUCCUCGUCGGGGACAACCUGGUGUGCAAAAUUGCCGACUUUGGCCUGGCCAGGCUCAUCGAGGACAACGAGUACACCGCCAGACAAGGGGCCAAGUUCCCCAUCAAAUGGACGGCGCCCGAAGCCGCGCUAUACGGACGCUUCACCAUAAAGUCGGACGUGUGGAGCUUCGGCAUCCUGCUCACCGAGCUCAUCACGAAGGGACGUGUGCCCUAUCCAGGCAUGAACAACCGCGAGGUGCUGGAGCAGGUAGAGCGAGGCUACCGGAUGGCCUGCGCCCCAGGCUGCCCCGCCUCGCUGCACGAGCUCAUGCUGCAGUGCUGGCGGCGCGAGGCCGACGAGAGGCACACCUUCGAGUACUUGCAGUCCUUCCUGGAGGAUUACUUUACCGCCACUGAGCCGCAGUACCAACCGGGCGAGAACCUGUGACCCCAUACAAAUACGACAACAAUACAAACACGCACACAACAGCAAAAUACAAAACAUAACACCAACGCAGUCUUUUCUCGCAACCUUUCGGGACGGACGAGGAAGGCGCCUGGACCUCGGCUGAGCGGGCCCUGCAGUGAUGUUGCUUUACUCUGUAACCAUGACAACAAGGAAGGAGACGUCGAUGCUUGGAAAGGAGGGAUUUGACUUGGCAUAUGAUCCUCGCUUCUUUCUCUGCCACCAUAUAAUGUUUGUUCCACCCAUUCCAGCCUUUUUGCCAUUCAAAUAGCUUGACCGUCUUGUUUUGAUAGAGCAAACAUUAUAAAGCCCU